AAUAUCUUUCUUGCAGGGAUAGACACAGGGGCUAUAACUAUGAUAUGGGCAAUGACGGAGCUCGUUAAAAACCCUAAACUGAUGAAGAAAGUACAAAGCGAGAUCCGAAACUGCCUUGGUGACAAUAAGGAGAGAAUCACUGAAGAAGAUGUCGACAAGGUUCCUUUCUUGAAGAUGGUAAUCAAAGAAACAUUCAGGUUACAUCCUGCAGCUCCUCUUAUACUUCCAAGGGAAACAAUGGCUCACAUCAAAGUUCAAGGCUAUGAUAUUCCUCCCAAGAGAAGGAUCUUGGUGAACGCUUGGGCGAUAGGAAGAGAUCCAAAACUAUGGACGAACCCGGAAGAGUUUGACCCGGAGAGGUUUGUCGACAGCCCUGUGGAUUAUAGAGGACAACAUUACGAGCUCUUACCGUUCGGGUCUGGUCGAAGGAUAUGUCCAGGGAUGCCGAUGGGGAUCGCUACUGUUGAGUUGGGACUCUUGAACUUACUUUACUUCUUUGAUUGGAGAUUUCCUGAUGGGAUGACAGAGAGAGACAUCGACAUGGAAGAAGCUGGUACUCUUACAAUUGUCAAAAAAGUAGCUCUAAAGCUUGUUCCAAAUAUAUUCAUCGCAGGGAUAGACACAGGAGCUAUCACCAUGAUAUGGGCGAUGACGGAACUCGCAAGAAACCCGGAACUGAUGAAGAAACUUCAAGGUCAAAUCCGUGAGCGUCUUGGCAACAACAAGGAGAGAAUCACCGAAGAAGAUAUCGGCAAAGUUCAUUACUUGAACCUCGUGAUCAAGGAAACAUUCAGAUUACAUCCUCCAGUUCCUCUUCUGCUCCCAAGGGAAACAAUGGCUCACAUCAAGGUUCAAGGCUAUGAUAUUCCUCCUCAGAGAAGGAUCUUGAUCAACACUUGGGCGAUCUCACGAGAUCCAAAACUAUGGACAGACCCGGAAGUGUUUAACCCCGAGAGGUUUGUCGAUAGCCCUGUGGAUUAUAGAGGACAACAUUUCGAGCUCUUAGCAUUUGGCUCUGGUCGAAGGAUGUGUCCAGGGAUGGCUAUGGGGAUCGUUACUGUUGAAUUGGGACUCUUGAACUUACUUUACUUCUUUGAUUGGAAGCUACCUGAUGGGAUGACGCAGAGAGACAUCGAUAUAGAAGAAGCUGGUGCUCUCACGGUCGUCAAGAAAGUACCUCUCAAGCUGGUCCCUGUUCGAGUUCACUGACUAGACCAAACUCCAGUUUCAGACGUUUCAGGUAAACUUUCUCUAGUAAUAAUGGAAAGAGUGUAUGGUAAGUGUAAUGUAAGAUAAUGUUAGAAAGAAAACAAUCCUCGCAGUUUGAUCUUAAACUGUUUGUAAGAUUAAGUUUAAAUCUUGAACAAUGGCUCUAUAGAGUCUCAUGUUGGAGUCUAAGCGUUGUAGAUAUGCUUUCAUUACUCUCAAACUUCUCGUCGAUCGAUUUUUUGAAUGUUAUGACUCUUUGAUAUGCCU